AGCGGGUAUUCACUGAUGGACUAGGGUUUUUCUCUCAUCUUCAUUCUGUGUUUUCAAUCUCGUACGGAACCCUAUUCGUUCCUAGCAAUGGUUGGAAGUCUUGAAAUCGGAGCCGUACCAUUCAAUCCAGACGGAUGGGGUCCGCCUGACGCCGCCGCCGCCGCAUCGUCUGCCAGGAACCUCCCGGCGAAUGUACCCUACGCCCCGUUCUCUCGCUCAGACAAACUGGGUCGAAUUGCUGACUGGACCCGCAACUUCAACAACCCGACAAGACCAAAGAACCCGGCUGACGCCGUAUUCGACUUCACCAUCGACGAUUCGUUCCCUGCCUCCGCCGAUGAUGAUUCCUCCUUCCGCCUCGUCGAUGGAAAGCCCCCUCCACGACCCAAGUUUGGUCCUAAAUGGCGGUUCAACCAGCAGCGGCAACUCCCUCAGCGCCGUGACGAGGAGGUGGAGGCCCGAAAACGUGAGGCUGAGAAGGAGAGGGCACGCCGUGACCGGCUCUACUAUCUCAACAGAUCCAACGCUAAUGCCCAACGUCGUGAAGCCGCGAUCUUCAAAUCCUCUGUGGAUAUUCAGCCCGAAUGGAACAUGUUGGACCAGAUACCGUUUUCAACUUUCUCAAAGCUGUCAUUCGCUGUUCCUGAACCCGAAGACCUUCUUUUCUGUGGUGGUCUCGAGUACUAUGACAGGUCGUAUGAUCGAACCACUCCAAAGAAUGAACGUCGUCUUGAGAGGUUUAAGAAUAAGAACUUUUUCAAAGUUACUACCACUGAUGACCCAGUGAUCAGAAGGCUUGCUAACGAGGACAAAGCGACGGUUUUCGCCACUGAUACUAUUCUCUCAACACUCAUGUGCUCGCCCAGGUCUGUUUACUCAUGGGAUAUUGUUAUUCAGCGAGUUGGGAACAAGUUGUUUUUUGAUAAGAGGGAUGGAUCACAGUUGGAUUUGCUGUCCGUCCACGAGACCUCGCAGGAACCACUGCCUGAGGCUAAGGAUGAUAUUAACUCUGCCCACUCAUUGAGCGUUGAGGCAGCGUAUAUUAAUCAGAAUUUUUCGCAACAAGUUUUAAUCAGAGAUGGGAAAAAGGUGACUUUUGAUGAGCCUAAUCCUUUUGCAAAUGAGGGUGAGGAGGUUGCUUCUGUGGCAUAUAGGUAUAGGAGGUGGAAGCUUGAUGAUGACAUGUAUCUCGUUGCGAGGUGUGAAGUUCAGAGUGUUGUUGAUAUGAACAACCAGAGGUCCUUCCUUACUUUGAAUGCAUUGAAUGAAUUUGAUCCCAAAUAUUCUGGCGUUGAUUGGAGACAGAAGUUGGAGACACAGAGAGGUGCAGUCUUGGCGACAGAGCUGAAGAAUAACGCAAAUAAGUUGGCUAAGUGGACUGCUCAAGCUCUGUUGGCAAGUGCAGAUAUGAUGAAGUUGGGUUACGUCUCUCGUGUCCAUCCCCGUGAUCAUUUCAAUCAUGUGAUUUUGGCUGUAAAUGGUUAUAAACCCAGAGAUUUUGCGACUCAAAUUAAUUUGAACACAUCUAAUAUGUGGGGAAUUGUGAAGUCUAUUGUGGACUUGUGCAUGAAAUUGAAUGAGGGUAAGUAUGUUUUGGUGAAGGAUCCAUCUAAGCCUCAAGUAAGGAUAUAUGAGGUUCCAGCUGAUGCAUUUGAGAAUGACUAUGUGGAGGAGCCACUACCUGAGGAGGAACAAGUUCAACCUCCAACAGAGGGUGGUGAUGGUGGGGAGGCAACUACCACAAGUAAUGAUGUGGAAGACAAGCAGAUUGAUGGUCAAGCUUAGAUGGUGAUUAUGUGAUGUUUCUAUUUAUCUAGAACUACAGGUGGUUGCGAGUCAAGCGUUUUUAUGUGAUCCUGAACAUCAACUUGGAAGCAGAUUUGCACUUACAACUGGUUUGACCUUUCCCCAGAUUUUUGUACGGUAGACUUUUCUUGGACCAAAAAUUUUGAGAAAACAGUAAGGCUUGUGGUUUUUCUUUAUUCUUGUUUCCCCAGUUUUUUAAAUGUAAAUUUUAGGGACGUUACUGGCAGUUGUGGUUUGCGAGUGUUCAGUAGCACGCUUGAGUGGAAUCAUAACGCUUAAUCAAUGUCUCAUCAACGCGUUGUCCUCACUGAUCAUUUGGGAUUACGAUCACAAUGUAUGAUCUGGCUAUUCUAACUUACCCUAUUGAACAUAGUUUAGAUUCAUACUUUGGCUAUAGGAACUGUUCUCGAGAUAAUCUGCAAUAUUACAUUUAUCUUGCAAAA